CCGGCCGCGCUGUCAAACACUGAAGUUUCCGAGGCGCGGGUCGGUCCGUGAAGUAGGACAAAACUUGGUCAACAAACCGCCAGAGAGCCGAGCGGAGCGGAGCUUCAGUCCCACACCGGAGAUCCCGAGUCUUUACCUCGCUACAGAACCCGUGCGACCGGCGGAGGAGAGUUGGAGGAAGAUGCCGCUUCUCCACAGGAAAGCCUUCAUCAGGCAGAAACCUCCGGCUGAUCUCAGACCAGAUGAGGAGGUCUUCCUCUGCAAAAUCACACACGAAAUCUUCAGGACCUACGAUGAGUUUUUCGAGCGCACCAUCCUGUGCAACAGUCUGGUGUGGAGCUGCGCCCUGACCGGGCGAGCGGGACUGACCUACCUGGAGGCGGUGGAGAGUGAGCGGCGUGCACGGCAGAGCCUGCAGAGCUUCCCGUCGGCGCUGGUGGUGCCGCUGCUCCACCUGGUGGCACUGACGCGCCGCUGCAGGCUGACCGAACUCUGCGAUGACAUCUACGCCUUCGCUAAAGACCGCUUCUUCCCUGGGGAGACGGUGGACGUCAUGGGACGCAACGGAGCCAGACAUGUGUGUGAGAUCCUGGAGGUCCAGUCUCCUCAUGCCGGCACUAAAGGAGCUCCCGUCGCCAACGGCCAUGCCAAGCCAGCACAGGGAGACACCAUCGUCAUCAGCGACAGCGACGACGAGAGCGGCGCUCCCAAAACCCCCAAAGCUCAGGUCAACGGCUCAGCAGGUCAAAGCAGUAAGAAGAGGAAGCCUCUCAGUCCGUCAGCAUUCAGGUACUCAGUGAAGAUGAUGAAGGAGGAGAACAGCCAGCCGUUCACCGCCAGAGCCAAUCAGAUCAGUCGCAGGAAGAACACUUUGUCCAGAGAGAGGCUGAAGUUGCUGUUCAAGCAGCACUGCGAACCUGUGGACGGAACCAUCAUACUCAAGCCCUCCUCAGUAGCAAAGUACCAGCUGGCAGAACAGACUUUCUCACAGUUCUUUCCUGACGAGCCGCCCCUCUUCCCCUUCAGCCCCCCCUCUAAGGGGCGGGGCCACGGCUCACCUGGUCAGGCGGCGGUGGCGGCGGAGGAGAAGCUGCGGCUGCUGCAGCAGAAGGAGCAGAUGGCGGCGGCGGUGCAGGAGAAAGCCCGCAUGAAGAAGGAGAAGGAGGAGGUGAUGGAGGCCAAGAGGAGGGAGAAGGAGGACAAGGAGAAGAUGAAGGAGGAGCUGAGGAGGAGGUUUGAGGAGGAGAAGAGGAGGAGGAAGGAGGAGAAGGAGCGCAUGAAGCUGGAGAAGGAGAAGGAGCGAGAGAAGCUGAAGGAGGAGAAGAAGAAAUACGCCGAGCGGCUGAAGCUGUGGAACAAACCCCGAGAGGACAUGGAGUGUGAGGACCUGAAGGAGCUGCCGUGUGCGGUUCCGGUGAAGACUCGGCUCCCAGCUGAUCUGUUUGGAGAAGCUCUGAUGGUUCUGGAGUUCCUCAGAGCGUUUGGAGAAGUUUUUGACCUGAAGGACGAGUUCCCCGACGGCGUCUCACUGGAGGUUCUGGAGGAGGCUCUGGUGGGCUCGGACCCUGAAGGUCCUCUGUGUGAGCUGCUCUUCUUCUUCCUGUCGGCCAUCUUCCAGGCUCUGGCUGAGGAGCAGGAGGAGGCCAAGGACCAGGCCGAAGAUCUGCCAGAGACUGUGGAUGAUGAUUCAGAUCCGACUCAAUCUGCCAUCAGUGCCGUCGCCUCAUUGGCUGCUGCCUGGCCUCAGCUGCACCAAGGCUGCAGUCUGAAGCAGCUGGAUCUGGACAGCUGCACUCUGUCAGAAAUCCUUCGUCUCCACAUCCUGGCGUCCGGCGCCGACUGUAACCAUGGCAACGCCAAGCUGCGCUACCAGAAGCAGGGCGGGUUCUCCCUGACGGACGACCCGUGUGUCGAGCUGCGAUUGGCCGAGCCGGCGCUGCUGAAGAGGCUGGCGUGCACGGCCGUGUAUGACCUGACGCCAGGGGAGAAGCUGAGGAUCCUGCAGGCUCUGGUGGGGAAGCUCCUGACUCUGGCGUCCAGCAGGGAUCUGAUCGAGGACUGUGUGGAGGAGCAGCGAGCUGCUCGCCACGAGCUGAGGGAGAUCAGAGCCGAGCAGCACCGCCGAGGGAGGGAGGAGGCCGCCCACAGGGUGCGUCUGCGUAAGGAGGAGAAGCUGCGGGAGCAGGAGCUGAAGCUGAAGGAGAAGGAGGAGCGUCUGAGGGAGCAGGAGGGGAGGAGCAGCAACAGAGCGGAGGGUGAGACGGGUGCAGAGCAGCAGACUGAGGAUGAGGACGAGAGCAGCUCUUCACCAGGCAGCAGGAAGAAGACAAAAGCCGCAGAGAAGCAGCAGCAGCCGGCGGUGACCUCUGACCCCAAAGCCUUGCCCGGCCGACCCGGCGGCCUCACGGCAGAGGAGCUGGAGAAGGAGCAGGAGAAGGUGCGUCAGCUGCAGCAGAGGAUCCAGCAGGCUGCCUCCUGUACCUACAUCCUCCCUCUGGGUAGAGACCGGCUGUACCGCCGCUACUGGCUCCUCCCCUCCGCCGGCGCUCUGUUUGUGGAGGACGACUUCUUUGGCGUGACGGAGGACAUGCUGCAGCCCCGCCCGCCCCGGGACGCCGCCGCCGCCAAGAUGGAUGACGAGGAGGGCGAGCACAGCGGCGGCGCCGGCCCCGCCCCCGUCCCGGUCAGCCGUCCCAACCGCUGGGCCUUCUACAGCUCGCUGGCGGAGGUGGAGCAGCUGGUGGAGGCGCUGAACCCUCGCGGGCACCGGGAGAGCGGCCUGAAGGAGGCGCUGCUGCAGGACAGGGAGCGGCUGCAGCUGCUGCUGGACGACUCCGCACGCCACAAGUACAGCCGCCCAGAUCAGCCAGAGGCGCCCGGCUCCGUCCCAGAAUCCUCCUCUGCUGCUGAGGCGCUGAUGGAGGCGCGGCUCAGAGACCUGCUGCUGGACAUCGAGGACCGCAUCUACCAGGGAACCCUGGGAAGCCUGAAGGUGAUGGACAGGGGGGCGUGGCGCUCGGCUCUGGAGGCGGGAAACUACGAGCUGCUGUGUUCUGACGGGAGAGAGAGUGCAGGGACCAACGGACGAGCAGUCGCCAUGGAGAUAGACUCCGCCCACCUGAGAGCCAGAGACAGGCUGCAGGACGUGAAGGCGGACAGCGGCAGCGGGACGCCGCAGGCCGCCAGCGGCUCCGUGCGCUGCCUGGCUCAGGCGCUGCUGCGCAUCGAACUUGGGCUGGAGAGGAAGUUCCUGAAGCCGCCGCUCGGUGACGAAGACUCCAAGAAAGACCAGAAGACAAAGAAGAGCAAGAGGAAAGACGAGGACCAGGCCAGCGACGACGGCAGCGACAGCGGGCGAGUCAGUAAGACGGUGCUGGAGCGAUGGAGGGAGUCCCUGCAGGCCUGUACCAGCCUGUCGCAGGUGUUUGUGCACCUGUCCAGUCUGGAGCGCAGCGUGCUCUGGUCGCGCUCCGUCCUGAACGCCCGCUGUCGGAUCUGCAGACGUAAAGGAGAUGCAGACAACAUGCUGCUGUGUGACGGCUGUGACCGAGGACAUCACACACACUGCCUGAGGCCCCGGCUCAAGUCGGUGCCAGAGGGAGACUGGUUCUGUCCCGACUGCCGGCCCAAACAGAGAUCCAGCCGCCUCCCGUCCCGCCAGCGCUCCUCCAUCGACGAGGACGAGGAGGUGGAGGAGGAGUCUGAGGAGGAAGAAGACGAGGAGGAAGAGGAGGAGGAGUCUGAGGAAGAGGAAGAGGAGGAGUCGGAGGAGGAGGAGGAAGAGGAAGAGGAAGUUGUGAGCACCAAGAAGAGCCAGCCACCGCCCCCCAAGGGCUCCCGGUCCUCCAGCAGCCGCCCUGUCCAGGCCACGCCCAGGAGCCAGCAGGCCACGCCCAGGAGCCUGCAGGCCACGCCCAGGAGCCAGCAGGCCACACCCAGGAGCCAGCAGGCCACGCCCAGGAGCCAGCAGGCCACGCCCAGAAACAGCACUGCCUCCUCUGGGAAGAGCUCGUCAGCCUCCAAGUCCUCAGGUAAAAAGGCCACGCCCUCUUCCUCCAAGCCUCCGGUGUCUGGUGGUAAAGCCCCGCCCCGCCCCGGCGUUCGAGCCAGUGCCCGUCUGAGCCACGAGAUCCUGGCGCCGAAUGGCAACGCCAAAGCCACCGGUCAGAAUGAUGGCCGCAAGAGAGCCCCGACAGAUGGGACUCCACCACCCAAACCCUCCAGACCCGUCCUGCCUGUGCUGACUCCUUCCUCCUCCUCCUCCUCCUCCUCCCCCUCCUCCUCCUCGUCCAGCCGCCGCUCCUCCGGCCGCGGACACGGCGUCCACGAGCUGUCGGCCUGCGAGCAGCUGACCGUGGAGCUCGUCCGACACGAGGACAGCUGGCCCUUCAUGAAGCUGGUGUCCCGCACACAGGUUCCUGACUACUAUGACAUCAUCAAGAAGCCGAUCGCUCUGAGCACCAUCAGAGAGAAAGUCAACAACUGUGAAUACCAGACAGCAGGUGAGUUUAUAGGUGACGUGGAGCUCAUGUUCUCCAAUUGUCUUCAGUAUAAUCCUCGCCACACUAACGAGGCGAAGGCCGGCGUGCGGCUGCAGAGCUUCUUCCACUCCGAGCUCAGCCGGCUCGGGCUGUCCGACGCCGGCCCGCCGCCCGCCAAACGCUCCAGGAUGUAGAUGCCCCGCCUACCUCGGACCUGCCCCGCCCCUCGCCACACACCCCGGUGUGUAAACUGAGCCCCCUCCACUCAGGUGCUGCUCGCUGUCCCGCAGCAGGAAGAGGACACCGCAUCAUCACCAAGCUGCAUCCUGAUUGGUCCAGGGAGUAUGUUCUCAGACUGUAGAACUGAAUUGUGGGCGGGUCCUUCGUGACCUCUGACCCCUGCCGACUUGUCUUCCAAUCAAACAGGUCGGCCUCUCGAUGAAGAGGAAGAGAGGUCAGAGGUCACGAAGCAGCUGAGUCCAGCAGAGUCCAGGUCCCUGACCCGGGAUCAGCCUCUGAGUCAAAUGUCCUGUAGAGUGCAGCCUGUGUGUCUGAGCUGUGGUCAGUCUCCCUCAUGUUUCUUACCUGAGCAGGUGAGGUGCUGUGAACCAGGUGGAACAAACCUUUAGACAUUCCUGUGGCGCUGGAGAGGCUCAGGCUCCGCCCACACACAAACCAGGUUUUUAAAAACGCAACUUUUUCUUUCCGUUUGGACCUUCUGUCCCCGUGGAAACUGUUUGGUUCUUCUUCUGUGGUGCGGCGGCCAACAGGUUUCCAUCAGCCCACUUCCUGUUCCCUGGAGGUCUGGACGCCGUCGAUGUGUGGAAGCUGAUUGGCUCUUGCAUUUGUAGCAACAAACCGCUGCUGCUGCUCUGCACCCACACACACACACACACACACACACACACACACACACAUACACACACAUACACACGCACGCACACAUGCAUAUCUUCUGGAUGUGUGUGUGUGUGUGCGCGUG